AAUUACGUAAUUAGGGUCACCGAAAACUGCUCUUGCUAGGCAACAGAACAAAAGCAAACGCUGAAAACAUCUUUACCGUUUUUAGAAGUUGGUAGACGGAAGAUUAUGAGUUUUACAGACGGAAAUCCUUCAAACCGGCCGAAAUUUGAGGAUAAAAGUCUAAAAAUGCAGCGAGCAGGGAAACUGAAACCUUUGGGAGACCGAGCAGAGUGCUGCUUACAGGAAAUGCCAUGUCCUCCAACCCCUCCAGAUGUGAAGAAGUACCGUAACAGUAUCCUACCAGAACCUGGAGCCAUCAGAGUGCAUCAUGGGAAGGCAAAUGAUCCAGAUGUUGCCAGCACGCUUGUCCAUGGCAUCAGAACCAAAAGAUCAGACACUAUUGAGAGGUUGUUUCAUCCUCCUGAAAAUUCGUUUCAACAGAAGUUGGAGGAGCUAAAUAAGUCUGCUUCACGUAAGAACGCUCAAUUGGGUCGGUCACGUGAGCAACAUGGUGGACUUCCCGCCUGGUACGAUGAGAAAACUACAUUUGGCGUGAAAACAAUUAAAGGGCAGAGUAUUCGUGAACUUCUUAAUCCUCCAAAGACUGAAGAGGAGUUGAAGAGGGAAGCCCAGGAGGGACACGACGCUUACAUCCAUAGCCACAGCUCCUAUUUUGUUGGUGAGAAAAUGGAUAGAAAAUACAACAGGAGUCACUUUGAUAAAGACGCCACGUUUGGGCUGCAGACGCCACAUUUCAGAGAUGGACGCAAUGUUGGGAAAAGUCUCCGCUGGCUAGGAGAGCCACUGAAGUUUUACAAUCCCAACCCUGCUUGGGAAAGAUCUGGGACCGAGGAAAAGCUGGCAGAACAAUACGGCAUCGUCACCAGAAGCAGGAGGAAAAAUGCAUUGAAUCUUCCACCUGAACACAGCUUUGGGAACGUCCAUUCGCCAGAUGAGUAUGGAAUCAAAGACAUUCUGCACCAUCCAGAGCCGGGUCAGGAGAAGCAGCACAACAACGUCAGCGCCAUUAGGAAUCAGCUGAAGGCGAUCAACUUUAACAACUUCCCGUCGCUGCUGAAGGCUUUCCAACAUUACGACAAGGAGGGGAAGGGAAGGAUCGACAGAGACGACCUGCGAUCCGUGUGUCGAGAGUUCCACCUGAACGUGAACGAGGUGGUUCUGGAUGGCCUGAUGGACCUCUGUGACACAGACAAGACCGGACUGAUCAGCUUUGUGGCGUUUGGGAACUUUCUCACCUGGAAGGAGAUGAUGCCCAUCGACAGAAGAGAUCAGUACCUCCUGACAGGCGAGCAUCCAGUUGACACUGAUGGGAAACAAACAUCAGCAGAACCUUUCUCUUCUGAAUCCUUGAUAAAGCCUGAGGACCUGGAGCCCAUUAAGCCAGGCAGUCCUCUUAAGACCGUCAAGACCAUCAGGACAGCCAGAACAGCACCAGGACACUUCCUGACCAGCGCCUCCCUCACCGUGGCCAACAAGCUGCUAACAUCAAACAGUCGCACCUACGGGAUCCGAUCUGAGCACUCAGCUCCACGCACCAGUAAGACCAGCGGAACCAUCAGUAACAAGUGUACAGUUGCGGAUCUUCUACAUCCAUCCAUUUACGCUCUCCACGGCAUCCAUGAGGAGGACCUCAGAUGUCCUCGCACCAAGGAGGAGAUCGUAGAGAUCUUCGGGAAUAUUCCUGAGGAGACAUUUGAGGAGGCGUGGAAACUGGCGACCAUGAAUCAUUCCAACGGGGAAGUGAGCAUUGAGGUUUUGUGUACCACGCUGAAGGACAUUAAGGCCAUGUAGACCUUACAAUGAGCUUUUUGACCAAUCAAAGCAUGAGAGAGUAAACCUUUAUAUGAAUAAAAACGGUGCAA